UUCCCUCAGGCCCGCGUUGCGGUACGCGCCUGCGCUGGCCCUCGCCUCCGAGCAGCCAUGAUGGUGGGUGUUCUCAGCUGUGCCGAACCCCGGGAAGGCCUGGACGACGGCCCCGACUUCCUCUCCGAGGAGGACCGCGGACUUAAAGCAAUAAAUGUAGAUCUUCAAAGUGAUGCUGCCCUGCAGGUGGACAUUUCUGAUGCUCUUAGUGAGAGGGAUAAAGUAAAAUUCACUGUUCACACAAAGAGUUCAUUGCCAAAUUUUAAACAAAAUGAGUUUUCUGUUGUUCGACAACAUGAGGAAUUUAUCUGGCUUCACGAUUCCUUCGUUGAAAAUGAAGACUAUGCGGGUUACAUUAUCCCGCCGGCACCACCAAGACCUGAUUUUGAUGCUUCAAGAGAAAAACUACAGAAGCUCGGAGAAGGAGAAGGGUCAAUGACAAAGGAAGAAUUCACAAAGAUGAAACAGGAACUUGAAGCUGAAUAUUUGGCAAUAUUCAAGAAGACAGUUGCAAUGCAUGAAGUGUUCCUAUGUCGUGUGGCAGCACAUCCUAUUUUGAGAAAAGAUUUAAAUUUCCAUGUCUUCUUGGAAUAUAAUCAAGAUUUGAGUGUGCGAGGAAAAAAUAAAAAAGAGAAACUCGAAGAUUUCUUUAAAAACAUGGUUAAAUCAGCAGAUGGUGUAAUUGUUUCUGGAGUAAAGGAUGUAGAUGAUUUCUUUGAGCAUGAACGAACAUUCCUUUUAGAAUAUCAUAACCGAGUUAAGGAUGCAUCUGCUAAAUCUGAUAGGAUGACAAGAUCACACAAAAAUGCUGCAGAUGAUUACAAUAGAAUUGGUUCUUCAUUAUAUGCUUUAGGAACUCAGGAUUCUACAGAUAUAUGCAAGUUUUUCCUCAAAGUUUCAGAAUUGUUUGAUAAAACAAGAAAAAUAGAAGCACGAGUGUCUGCUGAUGAAGACCUCAAACUUUCUGAUCUUUUGAAAUAUUACUUAAGAGAAUCUCAAGCUGCUAAGGAUCUCCUGUAUCGAAGAUCUAGGUCUCUAGUGGAUUAUGAAAAUGCUAAUAAAGCACUGGAUAAAGCAAGAGCAAAAAAUAAAGAUGUUCUGCAGGCUGAAACUUCCCAACAAUUAUGUUGCCAGAAAUUUGAAAAAAUAUCUGAGUCCGCAAAACAAGAACUCAUAGAUUUUAAGACAAGAAGAGUUGCUGCGUUCAGAAAAAAUUUAGUGGAAUUGGCAGAGUUAGAACUGAAGCAUGCGAAGGGUAACCUACAGUUGCUGCAGAACUGCCUGGCAGUGUUAAAUGGAGACACAUAAGCCACACUCCACCUUGCUGUCAAAAGGGCUGCCUUCCUUCCAGUUUUAUUUUUGUUUUCUUAAUGAUGUUAGGCAUUUACUGCUCAGUGGAAACAAGAAAGAAAACGGCUGACAAAGUGCAUAUACUCUCCUUUUCUCUGAUCAGUGGAGCGGUGCGUCCAUGGGUGACCCCAGCUGUGUGGGGUGGCCCCGUACUCCUGCACCCUAGUGUUCCUGGGACAGCUGUCAACCAUUGUGCGCUUCUAUUCAAAAGCCCAAAGUGCAGUCUUUUUUAAGUAGCCUCUAUAACUGUGUUUGUUUUAUAAAUAGUAUUCCUUGUGGCUGCCAAUCUUAUUUACCUUUAAUGUCUGAAGUUUAACCCUAUCAAAAUACAUUGUUCAAAAGAGAUGAAGAUUGCCAUUACCUUCUUUCGAAUUUUGUUAAAAAACAUUGUGUACCACCUUUAGUUCAUCCAUGUAUCCUGGGAAAGCAUCUUAAUCAGACUUAUUUUUAAUUAAUGAGCAUUUCUUAGAAGUUUUGGGGACAGACUUUAUGUAAUCUUUGUAAGUAUGAUUUCUGAAGAAAAGCAAAUGCAUCAGUAUAUGUUUGCCUUAAACUUGUAGACUAAACCAAUUACUGUAAAAUAAACAGUGAUAACAGUGGUAGUUUUUAACUCUGUGGUCAUUGUAUCACUCUAAAAUUUGGAGUAGCUGUAAUAAAUCUACUCCUGUAUUAUGCUUUACAGUGUAGGUCUCGGUGAUUUUUUCUUAUUUCUUUUAAAAUAGCAUAUUGAACCAAGUUCACCAAUCCCUUUACACAACAGUGACCUGCUCCUUCAUGUGCUUUUAGCACUUCAUAGGAGGUGGAAUUGGUCAAAGGUAAGUUAGAGAUAGCUAUUUCCGAAAUACAGGAGCAGAGAGUAGUCUAUUAUGGCUUCCUGGAUUCCGUCCUUAGCUCAGUCAAUUAACCAUGCGAUAUAUGCCAUCAAGCCAUUUGAUAAUUAUCAUUCCAGUGUACAGAUUGGUAUGUAGAGGGAAAUAGGUCUGCUAUAGGGAAUAGCACUUGCCUGUGGAAAAAAAUAGAAUGGGAUAAAAAGUGGUAUAUAAAGAGGAUAGUAAUUGUUAGUAGUUACAUUACAGAUACUAUUGGCCUUUCUAAUGUGAAUCAACAUUGUGUCAUUCCUAGUUUAAAGUUACACUGAGUGGUUGGAUUUUCCCACUGUCUUUUUCUAACUUUUCUCCCAUUAGGAAACCACAGGGAUUAGGGCUGGUCAGCCUUCGGGUGGAUUCCUAGUUUGUUUACAUUUUCCCAAACCACCCCUGAAGAAUGCGUGGUUUCUGCCUCAUCACCAGUCGUGAUGAUUCCUGCCUUUCUCAGCAUGUUCUCUUGCCUCACUCAUGUGCUGGUUAAUAUUUUCGUCUCUAACUGACAUGUUCCCUGAUACCAUUUGAACUGUUGAUUUUUCUGUUGUCAGCUGAGAGAUCUGUGCGUUUUGUCCUCCAUGUAACCUCCUCUGGUAAAAAUACACCUGUGUGAUGUCCACCAGGUGAGCGUGGACCCAGAGCCCUAGCUUCUGAAUUCAGGUCCAGCCCGCUCACCGGCUGCCCUUGUGGCCUCAGGCAUGUUUGCUUCACCUCCACAGUUUCUCUUAAGGACAUACUGACCUACCUCACAGGGGUGUUGUGAGGAUUAAUAAAUGUUGGUACAGUGCUUUGGAAAUGUGAAGAUGCUGUGUAAAUGCUAAGAAAUAGCAAGUACGGAGCAAAAAGCCUACAGUGUUUCACAUACCCACCAGCUAAUGUAUUUCUACAAGGUGGUCUUUUCAGGGAAGGGGUUAGAGUGGAGGAUGGUAUUGUGCAUCCCUUAGCCCCAGGUUUACACUUUAGAGUGCUUGUUUUGGGGGUGGGAGUAGACUGGAAGCAGGGGUCUGCAUAUUAGAGUGUUGGGGGGUUGCUCAGUAAAUAUAUGUAACAGCUGGCAACUACAUUUCCCAAGAGAUUUCUCACUAACAAAACCUACAAAUAAAGUAAGGGUUAUGUGCAUACUUAGCAAAGACUAUACUUUGUGCCUUCAGAAUUACUGAAACUGUUACUCCAUAGCUAACUGCUAUUCUCUGAUAAGAAUGGCUUGCCCUGGAUUUAUUGCUGUUGAACUGAACUGAAGCAUUCAUUAAACGUUUUUUGACCCUC